AUGGGCUUGACGAUGCCAUCGGCCGCUAUCCUUAGCGUCUUUUGCUGGGAUAAUCCUUCUCUUUUCUCAGUCUCAUCGAUUUUGCUCCCUUGUCAAGCCAGUACCACUUGGCAUGUUUUGCCGGUGGUACACACCACGAGUGUUGUCUCCUGGUCGGUCUACGGCAGCCAGUGUGUAUUGCCUUGUUCUUGCCAUUCCUGGGCACUCACCCUCGUCAUCCUCGCCUCUGUCCCCGCUCUGGUUUUAGUACAAGCCUCCUCCCAGGCGGUAGCCGGUCCUCUCCUUUCCAUCGAACGAUCCCAAGAAUCCGUCGCAGCCACGCUUAUUGACCGCGCUGUGUCUGCAGUUGCUACUGUCAAAGUGUUCAAUGCAGCAUCUCAGGAACGCGACUCUCUAAGCACCGUUCUCGACCACGUCAAGGUUGCCGACAAAAAACUCAUUGCAGUCUGGGGUCUUACAUCAGGCCUGUCGCAAUUUGUCAUGAUGUCCGUGUUCAUGCAAGCCUUUUGGUUUGGGUCGAAGCUGGUCAAACAAAGCAAAGUGGAACCAGGGGAUGUUAUGGCCGUAUUUUGGACUUGCCUCAUCGCUACAAGUAAUCUGCAGAUGUGCAUUCCCAAGUUCAUCACGUUGACGAAGGGGAAAUUUGCCAUGGUGGCCUUGCUCGCGCUUGCUGACUCGGAAGAGGCAGGUGCUCUGACUCCCGUAUCUCCAUCGUAUUAUUCCUGUGCAUCGAUCUUUCAUGGCCACCCAGUAAGGUCGACGCAUUUGCCCAAAAUCAUACCGUCCAAGUGUCAUGGCAAGAUAGCACUCCAUAACGUCACCUUCACGUAUCCCUCCCGACCUUCCAUACUGGUCCUGCGAGACGUCUCCAUCUAUCUUCCCGCUCUUCCCGCUUCAGAAACCACUUUUGUUGUAGGGAGCUCUGGACCUGGAAAGUCGACCAUUGUGUCACUUCUCCUUCGGUUGUAUAAGCCUCGGAGCGGGCAGAUAGAGCUCGAUGACCAAGAUAUUGCCUAUUUGGACGACAACUGGACGACUGAACACAUCUGUCAUUUCCCAAAACUAAGUGAAACUGGGAGAAAGCCGGAACACGCGACGAGGGCAGAAGUCGUGCAGGCUUGCCAGGCCGCUAUGAUUCCUGAUUUCAUCCGCGAUUUACCCGACGGAUAUGAGACGAAGCUAGGCAAUGGAGGUGCGAACUUGAGCGGUGGUCAGAAGCAAAGGCUAGCUAUUGCGCAAGCACGAUUAAGGAAUCCUUCUGUAUUAAUUCUUGAUGAAGCUACUUCUGCCUUGGAUCCUACUUCUCGCAUCUUGAUCACGUCGAAGGACUUUGUCUAUGUCUUGAAGAACGGUACCGUCAUCGAGCAAGGCUAUCGUGCUGACCUUGAGCGAUCUGAAGGUGAAUUCAAGGCAAUGAUGGGCUCCCAAGCGGUUGCAGAUGUGUCAACAAUCGACGAUACAGAGCACCCAGAAUUGGUAACAACGGAGGGGGAUGAGGAAAAAGACUCAGUCUCUCAACCGUUCUCAUACAUUCCAACCAUCCUGGUGCCAAAUAGUGCCAUCCUUGGUCACUGGAUGUUCGACGUGGUGGCGGACUUGAUGUUGAAAAGCAGCAGGCCUACGCCUUUUUGUCCCGCUGUCCCACUCGUCGUAUUUGCUCUGAUCAUUUGCUUGCUGAGCGGCGGUACUGUCACCCCCAUUUUCUCCUUCGUCCUUUCUCGACUUUUCUUUGAGGUUUCUAAUGAAGCCCAGAACACCUCUGUCAUCAACACCUUCGGCGCCAUCGUUCUCAGCAUCGCAGCUGUUGAUGGUCUUCUCAUGGGCUUGAAAUACUUUAUCAUGGAGACUCGCAUUCCGCACCAUCUUGAAGCAGGACAAGAAGUGGAUGGGGACGACGCGUGGACGCUUAUUGUUAUCGCCAUUGCACAGUUUGUUGUGGUCAGUGCCAUGCUCACUGUAGAGUUUCUAUGGGUGUUGGUACGCGGGUGGCAGAUGACACUCGCUGGGUGUGCUAUUACUACUGUCUUUGCCGGAGUGAUGGCCCUUCAAGCCAAACUCGUCGCAAGCUGGGAUUAUGCAAUAAACGCGUCCGAGUAGAUGUUUCAAAAGUUUACUACGAGGUAAAUUGUUUGACAUCAGGUCUAGAAUUGAAUACGUAUCUGACUCUUCUAAUAUAGACCAUCACUACUAUUCGUGGAAUUCGGGAUAGCGUUCGAAAGUGUGUUUCGUAGCGAAUCAUAGGAGCAUUG